GACGCCGCGGAGAAGAAUCACCAACCUUUGUGAAGACGCACAGAAGAGGAACAAACGCAACUUUAGUCAAACGUGAAAAUGAAGAGGAAAACACAUAACCUGUGGUCUCUUAUUCUUCCCCUUUUGUAUGCCCUCCUGCCGACACAAAUUGAAAGCAACUGUUGCCACAGCGCCAAAAGCAAAGAUGGCUACCCACUGCCUAUGUAUUUUACCAACGAUUUAAAUAUAAAAUUUCUAUUUGACUUUUUGCAAGUGAAGAAUGAGUUCGAAUUUUUCCUCUGCAACAUUGUUUGCAUUUUGUUGGGCUUCCUAUCUGUGUAUGUUAAGGUGUUGAAGAAAAAAGCUUUUAAGAAAGGUUCGAAUGGAUCGGAGACCCCGCUGGGCAUGAUGAGCAUCCUCUUUUCUUGCAACAGUGCUAUUUACGGGGGGUUGUCUUUUCUCAAUUACACAAUUGACUUCGCGCUGAUGCUUAUCGUGAUGACUUUCAACGUGUUCAUCUUUUUAAGUACCAUUUUGGGGGUGGCCUUUGGCUACUUUUUUUACGGCCACUUGUUAGCGUUGUGAAGUGCGCGCAGAGUGGAGCGGCACCCCGUCCUACGUCUCAUCCUGGUAUGUUACACCGUAGCACACCCCAUUGUAGUUUUUUUUUUUUUUUAAACCCAUCGUUAAAGCACCUCCGCGCCCUCCCCUUUGUACAAACUCUGCAUUGCGAUCCUUAAAAGGGAAAAUAA